CACCCUGCUCCAAGCUCUCAGCCUGUGCUGAGAAGGCAUCAUAUAUCCAGGCAGGACAAUACAGUCAAUUUGCUGCUGCCUCAUUGUAGCCUGGAGGCAGCUGGUCAGUGAUAAGCUUUGGGGACCCGAGGAUCAGACGAGGCCUCUCUCUGUCCAUCGGAGCCUGGUCAGCCAGUCUUUCUGUGUCUGUCUCACCGUGCAAGCAUGGACACCAGCACCACCAAGCUCAUCCAGCCCACUACGGACCUCACCAUCACCCAGUUGAACCAGGAGUGUCUCCUCCACCUCCUCUCCUACCUGGAUAAAGACAGUUGUAGGGCUUUCUCCCUGACCUGCCAUCGGCUCAGAGAGGUCUACCUGGACCCCAGGCUGUGGUCACUGCUCUUGUUCCACUCCCCCUCUGAGCUGAGGAGAGAGAACUAUGUGUUAGGAUCGUCGCUGCGCUAUCUGGCUGUCACCUGGCACAGCUCCAGGGUCAAGGUCUGUAACAUAGAGGACUGGAUGAAGAAUCAGUUCCAGAAGGAUCUCUGUAGUAAACAUGAGAGUCUGGUCAGCAGCUUCCUAGAACGUGUCUGUACCAUGUGUCCUAACCUGCUGUCCCUGACCCUGUCUGGCUGCGGGCAUAUCUCAGACCAGGAAGUGAUCUGUGUUCUGCAGAGCUGCAGUCGCCUCCGCUCCCUCCAUCUGGAGAACUGUGUCCGGGUCACAGACCUGACCCUGCAGGCCCUGGUGCUCCAUGGGGCCGGCCUCCACCAGGUCACAGUGGACUUCUGCCGUAAUGUUACCCAGGCAGGGCUGGAGAUGAUCCGGGAAAGACGGCCGGACAUUAGGCUGACCGCUGAGAGGAGCGCAGGGAUGAUACCUGAUAGUAAACCGGACAAAAGGACGCAGCUACCACUCAGACGGAGACUUAUGCAGAAGGGCCUAAUGUUCUCCUGAUGACAUCACUACAGUUCCCCUGAUGAGGCUGUGUCUCUAUGGGCCCUGGUUAAAAGGAGUGCACUACAUGGGGAAUAGGGAGCUAUUUAGGAAUAGAGUGCCAUUUGGGAGACAAACCUACUGCUGCAGAAGGUCCUGCAGUUGUCAUGAUGAGAGGUCAUGAUGAGAGGCCAUGGUUGUGUCCCAAAUGGCACCUUGUUCCUUAUAUAGUGCACUGCUUUAGACCAGAACCCAAUACGGACUGCAGACUACUGCUGAAGGUUCUUCCGUUAUGCUGAUGACCAUAACCCAAUACGGACUGCUGAAGGUUCUUCCGUUAUCCUGAUGACCAGAACCCAAUACGGACUGCUGAAGGUUCUUCCGUUAUCCUGAUGACCAGAACCCAAUAUGGACUGCUGAAGGUUCUUCAGUUAUCCUGAUGACCAGAACCCAAUACGGACUGCUGAAGGUUCUUCCGUUAUCCUGAUGACCAGAACCCCAUAGGGACUGCUGAAGGUUCUUCAGUUCUCCUGAUGACCGGAACCCAAUAUGGACUGCAGAAGGUUCUUCAGUUAUCCUGAGGACCAGAACCCAAUAUGGACUGCAGAAGAUUCUUCAGUUAUCCUGAGGACCAUAGACUUAACCACAGACAUCUGCUUCUCAAAUAGCACCCUAUUCCCUAUAUAGUGCACUACAUUUGACAAGGGCCCAUUGAGCUCUGGUAAAUAGUAAUGUAGGGAAUAUUUGGGAUACAGUCCAUAGUUUCACCACUAGGAGGCAGUGUUGAAAUGCCUAAAGGUGAAUGGGAGGGUCACUGUUGACUUGUUUUGGACUUCAGUCUUAUUGAUAGGAGCAAAAAUAGUUUCGGUUCUGAAUUGAAAGUGGCAAUUAUUAUAAUAGUUUUGACUUCAUACUGAUUUUUAUUUGAGGUGCUUUAUACUUUUUGUGUGGUUGGGUUUUAUACUGAGAUUUGAUGAUUUGUUUUAAUGUUUGUUUUAUUAAACACUAACCGUGGAUGACACAGUUGAGGUCCCUAACUGAAUGUAAGCCUGUCACUCUCAAUGUUAUAUAAACUGAUUGAGUCAUUCACA